CCCGGAGGAAAAUUUUCGCACUACUAUCGAGGGAAAUUUCUCAAUAUGGAACGGUAGAUUUUUCCUUUCCUCUUGGCACUAAGCAUGGAGCUAUCUAUCCCAAUAGUAGCUCUCAUCCUCUUCUUCCCUUCCUUACUUCUUGUCGGAAUCAAACUUCGUAAACCAGCCCACCGGAACCUCCCACCAGGGAAAUCUGGAUGGCCGUUCUUUGGCGAAUCAUUGGAGUUCCUUCGGGCCAAUCGAGAAGGCCGUGCCUACAAGUUUGUCCGGGACCGAGUCGAGAGGUACAACUCGACGGUGUUCAGGACCUUCUUGAUGGGCGAGCCCAUGGUUUUUCUGUGCGGGCCUGCAGGAAACAAGUUCCUUUUCUCUAAUGAAGGCAAGAAGGUGGCCCUGUGGUGGCCCUCUCCAGUACGGCGGUUGACUGGGCCGUCACUGCUUACCUCGGCCGGGGAUGAGGCCAGGGUUCGGAAGAAGCUCCUGAUGGCCGGCUUCUUCAACACCGAGUCGCUCAAGAAGUCUGUCCCCGUCAUGGAUGAGAUCACUCGCAACUAUCUCAAGGCUAACUGGCAAGGGAAAGAGGAGGUGCAGGUCCACCCGUCCAUAAAACUCUAUGCGUUUGAACUCACUUGCCGGCUCCUCAUGAGCAUCACCGAGCCCGACCUCAUCUCCAGACUCCUUUGUGAAUUCAACGUAUUCAUCAAGGGGCUUAUGGCACUCCCGCUCAACAUCCCCGGAACCCCGUUCUAUCGAGCAGCAAGAGCAGCGGAUGUGAUAAGGAGGGAGCUCCAUGCGCUCCUGAGGCAGAGGAGAGUGGAGCUGCAAAGGAAAGUGGCAUCUCCCAAGCAGGAUAUAAUAUCGUACUUGCUCAUGAACGCGGAUGAAAAUGGGAAGUUCAUGCCGGAACCAGAGAUUAUAAACGAUAUGCUGACAUUGCUCUUUGCAGCGUAUGACACAUCGAGCUGUACUAUUUCUUUGCUCGUCAAGUAUCUUGCGGAGCAACCCCGAGUCCAUGCCAAGGUUCUUAAAGAGCAAAGGGAGAUUGCAGCACCGAAGGCACCGGGAGAGUUGCUAAAUUGGGAUGACUUGCAGAAAAUGAAAUACUCGUGGAAUGUUGUCUCCGAAGUAAUGCGGAUCGCACCUCCGGUCACCGGAUCCUUCCAAGAGGCAUUAGUUAAUUUCACAUUCGCAGGUUAUACCAUUCCCAAAGGCUGGAAGCUAUACUGGAGUGCUGCCUACACGCACAAAGAUCCGAGCUGCUACCCCAACGCGAUGGAGUUUGACGAAUCGAGGUUCGAGGGAGCGGGGCCUCCUCCCUUCUCUUACGCGCCCUUUGGAGGGGGGCCGAGGAUGUGCUUGGGGAAAGAGUUUGCCCGUCUUGACAUCCUCGUCUUCCUUCACAACCUUGUCCAUCAGUUCGACUGGGAUUUAAUUGCCCACAACGAGAAACUGUCCUAUGACCCACUACUGAGACCCAUAAAUGGACUUCCAGUCCGUCUCCGAUCCCCCCAAGAUACAUUUACACUAAGGAAUACAGUAGCACAAUAUGAAUAGUACCCCAAGCAUCGAAUGAAGUUCUUGGGCGGAGACCGGGUAGAUCGAGAUCUUGGCAGGGUACAUUUGCUAUGAAAGAUCUCGCAUUUACACGUUACACCUUGGUUGUCGAGGUCAUACGAGCAGACGAUUUUAAUAUUUCUAUCACAACUCAAGGAUGACAAGGUGACAUCUCUAAACGGGCAGCUAAGUUGAUUUCAAAAUGAGUAACUUCAUUGUCAAGAAUCGAAUCCAAGAUGAACUUGUACAUUCCUAAAGAUUUCACCAUGGAGACAUAUCAACCUGACUAAGGGCGUAUUUCAACUUAAUUAAAUGAGUGCUUAAAAAUUAGUUAUAAGUUAGUUAUAAGAGAAAAUUAAUAUAAGAAAGAGGGAAAAAUGAGAGAUAAGAAUCUAAACUACUUAAUCAUUAAAUCGAAAAUCACUUAAUGAAAUAAGUAGAAAAUUUUGACUUAAUGCAAUAAGUCAUUCUUCAUUUAUUGAUGCUCUUUAUCUCUCACAAAAGUUUUCUCAUCCUCAUUCAUUUCUCCCUUCUUCCUAAACAUUUCUUCUCUUAAUUAACUAAUUAAGUGCUUAAUUUUUAAGCACUAAUUUAUCAAACACCACCUAAGUGAUUCUUCAAUUCACAUCAACAUACACAAACUCCUUCACCAUGGAGCUCUCAUUACCAACCUUGGCUCUCUUCCUCAACACCGAACUCCAUCCCAAAUCAGCCUACUGGAACCAACCUGGGAAGGUCACCCCGAGAAGUUGGUCAUGGACCGAGUGGAGAGGUAUGGCUCGGUUGUUCUGAGGACUUGAUCAGUGACACAGUGGCAAUGCUGUGCGUACGUGCUGGGAACAAGUUCUUGUUCUCGAAUGAAGCCAAGAAGGUGGUGCUACGGUGGCCCACCCCAGUCAAACGGACGAUUGGGCCGUCGUUAGUCCACCGAUGAGGUUAAAGUACAGAUGAAGCUUCUGAUGGCCGCUUCUUCAAUACUGAGGUCCUAAUGAGGCGUGUGCCUGCCUUCGAUGAGGCUUGUGCCUGCCUUCGAUGAGGCGACUAAGGUAACAAAUAGUUCACUUUUUCUUUGAAAUAAUCUGCAGGUUCUUGAGAGGGACCAGUCCUAGCCCUCUUGGCCUGUUGGAUCAACAUGGAGUCCAUCACUCAAUGUUGAUGCAGGUGGUUCCAACAGAAGAAUAUUCUUGCAGAUAAGCCAAUCUUCAUUAUUAAUUGUUAUUGCAUAAUUUUCAUUGGAUUUCCACGAUCGGGUCAUCGACCUAAGAAUUACACCGAUUGACGUGUCCGGAACCAUAUGUUGACAGAGCAAAGGGAGAUUGCAGCAUCAAAGGCAGCCAGGGAGUUUCUAAAGUGGGACCACCUGCUGAGGAUGAAAUACUCGAGGGAGUUGACAGGGAAAGGAUAAAACUCUUGAUGCAAUAAUCUGGUGUUCAAAGCUCUAUGAAUAUGAUCUUUGUUGUACCAAAGCUUAUAUUAAAGAGCAGCAGAAGAAUA